AUGAACCAGUCAACAUUCGUGAUGACACGUUGGCUCACUCUUUUUCUGCUUCUUUUGUCUUCGCCUGUCAACAGUCUUCCUUUUGUCGCUAUUGCGUUGCAAGCGGGAGCCAGCGUAUUUGUGAGAGAGCAAAUUAUUGACUUUCUUGUCGAAAAAGUCGGAAAACCUCUGCUGCUAGAAGUCAGAAACUUCGUCGACAAAAUUAUCGACGAAGCUCUUUGA